AUGAGCAUUGUGACUCCAUGGUGCCUUUCCGAGGCAUUGCCCACAGGAGAAGCUGGCUAUGCCCGUGGGAUCCUAUACGACCGAUGGCUAACAGUCAGCCUUCCGCAAGACAACAUCAGGUUGAAGUGCUCCUUCGUGGCCGAGGCACUGGCCAGCGUGGUCGGCACGUCGCUGAAGUCCUGGCUGGUCUUUGCCAUUCCUUCAGCCUUGUACUCGCUGAACAACAACCUAGACAUGCUCAACAACCAGCACAUGGACCCGGCCACGGAGCAGGUCCUUGUGCAGGCCAAAAUCCUGACGACCGGAAUCGUCUGGUGGUGGGUCUUCGGCCGCGAGAUGGGCGUGCGCAAGUGGAGCGGGCUGCUGCUGCUCUUUGUGGGUGGUGCCCUGCGUUUGGGAAGCCACCCGCCCUGGCCUUGGCCAGCUAUGCGUGCCAAGCGCUUCCCCAGCAUGCUCCACAGACUCAGCUCCUGGUUGCUGUGCUGUCUUCUUGUGAAAGGACAAGAGAAGCAUCUUUGGUGCCAAACAUCUGACGCCAGCUGUGUUGGGCGGCAGCACGCGUGGCUUGAACGUAAAGCGAUGGACCCGCUUCCGAAUAAUUUUCUUCAUGAACAUGUGGAGGUUGCAGACUGGAAUGGGGACGGCAAUAUGGACAUUUUAGGGAUGGAAAGAACUUGUGACACGCAGCUGCAUGAACUUCCAUGCAAGCAUCAGCUGCGCGUCUUCGAGCGUUCUUCAAACGGUAGCUUCUCUCCUCACGAUUUGGUGAGUCUGAACAGCUCAGACUCCGGACCGUCUCGUUUUGUGGUUGUAGAUUGGGACCUGGAUGGAGAGUUAGAUCUGCUGGUCUGCCUCAACAGUGCUAACGUCAGUUGGCUGAAGCGUUCUGGGUCACUGUUUGCGCCUGCGAGGGCCGUCUUCUCACUUAAUGUGUCUGAUGCAACGGAUGAAGCCUGUAGUCUUUUGCAAGCAGUGGACUUUGAUGGGGACGGCGACAUGGAUCUCUUUCUUGGUACCAGGUAUUUUGAGCGUACACGGGAGGUGCUCACUGAACGUACUGCCGAUGAACAUCCUUUAAGCCAGCUGGUGCAAGCGGACAGCUCUUAUGGGCUGCCACUUGUAGCUGAUGUGGAUGGUGACGGGCGUGCAGAAGUUCUGAUUCCGACAGGUGCAUCCUGCAGUUGGUUGCACUUCUUGGGAAGUACUGCCCAUUGCGUGUGGGGGUACCGCUACUUUCGCCGUGCUGCUGACGGAACUUUCUUUGAAGCAGAGAACCCAUUUGCGAAUUUUAUUUGGCAGGAAAGGAAAUCAACGUCGGCUCCGUACUUUACAUCUCGGCCAUACCUAGUGGACUGGGAUACAGAUGGCUUGCCAGAUCUAAUGACCGUCAAGGAUGAGUUUGGCUAUGGCCAGGGAAUGUUUCUGGACAGCUUCUACUACGUGCAUGUUUUGGAAAACAAUUUGAGACGCAACUCUCACAUGACGGCCUACGCAGAUGCGCAUUUACCCCUUCAUGCGCCUUUUGCUUCAGCUGGCCCUCCAGAGUUCAAGUACAUCUUUGAUUGGAAUGGCGAUGGUGCUCUAGAUGUGCUGGUUUGCUGGAGUCCAAACUAUUCAAACCGCCGGACGUGCACCUUGUGGGAGUUGAACGACCACGGCCUGGAAUUGGUGCAAAAACCUUUCGGGAAUGUUACCGAGGAAGUAUGGCAUUCAAAGAGCAAGAUCUUUACCGACUGGGACGGGGAUGGUGAGCUGGACAUCAUCUAUGUCGCUGGGCUUUACAAUCCGUUGGCCCCUGGCUUUGAGUUCAUCCGUGCAAAUCUCCCUAUCAUGAGAUGGAAGCUUGGAGCGCCAGAACCACUCCAACUUGCAAAGGUGUCAGUAGCUUGGCCAUAUUACAUGUACGCCGUGGACUGGGACAAUGACCAAGACAUGGAUAUCUUGUUGGUGAACGGGCUCGGCGACUGGCGGCUCCUGGAACAACUGAACGAUGGAUCCUUGCAUGUGUGGUCAACGCAGGAACGCGCCUUGCAGCCUCUUUUGGGCUUGUCACACCGUGACAUCGUAGGUUUUAUUGAUUGUGAUGGAGAUGGCGACUGGGACAUAAUUCGGCGGGACUGGCCAACCGCGCAUCUUCAAGCUUGUGAGCACACAGGCCAUACCCGGCGGUGUGACAACAGCUUUCUGUGCCUUGGCACAAACCUGAGCAGUUCCUCCCUGGCUGCUAACUUUCCAGACAUUGAAGGCUUUGGAGACCUCCGGAAUGGGGACCUUAACCUCAUAUCUACUGGUUUGCAGGUAUGGAGUCCUGGCUUCUGUGUUCCAGAAAGCCCUUGUCACGGAAAAGGCUUGUGCUUCCCUGGGAAAAUGAAUUGCAGUUGCCUCAAUGGCCACGACCUACCGGAUUGCUCUGGCUGCCAGCUUGGUUUUCACGGUGUUCCAGACGGGCAACAAAACUGGCACAGCUGCCGCGCAUGCCCCGGGGAAUCUGGGAAUGUCUGUCAUGGUCGCGGCCGAUGCAUGGAUGAUGCAGCUGCAAAGGCAGCGAAGGCAGGGCUGGGAGAGGCGACAGGUGCUUUAAUGGCACAUGGCAAUGGUUCCUGCGCUUGCCAUGAGGUUUAUUUUUUUGGGGCUGACGAUGAAGGCCGGAAUGUCUGCGUCAAUGGACAAUGCCCGUCAGGCACAGAGGAAGUUGCUGGAGCCUGUCGGCCAUGUCCACCAGGCUUUCAAUCAUCGGAGGGUGACAUUUGUUGGAAAUGUCCGGGCGGCAAGUAUUCUUCGAAGGGGGGCGAUAUGUGCUUGAGUUGCCCUUCAGGCACUGUGUCAACGGCUGGAAGUGCUGCAUGCACGCAGUGUCCUCCCGGCAAAUAUCAAUCCAAGGAUCAUCUGUGGUGCCUUGAUUGUCCAGCCGGUCUCGUUUCUGACGGGCGAGCGGAUUCCUGCGCUGAGUGCCCAGCCGGCUCGUCUGGAAAGUCACGCGUGCACUGCAACCUGUGCCCUGCAGGCACAUUUGCAGAAAGAGGCAGCUACGAAUGUAGGGCUUGCCCUUGGGGAACAGUCUCCGCUCAGGGUAGUGAGGUUUGUACCCAAUGUGAGGCUGGUCGUUUUGCUCGCAACUCGAGCCUGUGUGAGCGAUGUCCUGGAGGAAGUUUUGCUCCGGCUGGCGGCCACACGUGCAAGUCUUGUCCUACUGGUUACGUGUCUCCACCAGACCGGGCUUCGUGUACGAGUUGCGAAGGGCUUCUGAUACGCGCAACUCCGGAUGUUUCGAGGCAAACUUGUCAAAUCCAGUACUUGGACGUUGCCUUUGCUCUGAUCUUGCGGGUCAUAUCAGCGUGUUGCGCUUUCCUGAGCUUGAGCGGAUGCUCUGGUCAGCUGUCCAUCGAGGAUGUGUCGUCACUGCGAUCAAAUCUGGUUGCCACGACUUGUGUGCCGCACAGAUUGUUGAAGAGAAAGGGGGCAUCGACGCAUGUGAGCUUCAGUGGCACAGGUGUCUUUGAUUUAGACAAGGCGCCCUCGCCCUGGACAGUGAAGGCCCUCAAUGAGCGCCAGCUGACACUACACAGCCAGAAGCAAAUCAACGUACCGUUGGAUACGUCCAUGGGACAAUUGCGCCUACUUUUCCCGCAAGCCUUCCUGGUGACAGGUCUAUGCCACUGCCCUCUCAUUGGUUGGUGCUUGCUAUUCGUCCUGCUAGGGGCAGGAGCUGCAAGCCAACUUGCCUCGGCACUGGCGCUUCUGGCCUUUACUGUGGGGCUCUGCUUUGGCUCCUUGCUCUUCAUCUUCUGGCGCAGGAAGAGCGGGCGAACGCCUCUGGCCAAACACCGCAGCCAGUUUCUCAAUGAGUGGCCACUGGUCAAGCAAGCCUGUGAUCGAGGACCCCAGCGCUCGAUCACAGCAAGGAAAUUGCAGGACUUCACGAUGUUCUUUGAUGCAUUCAUCAGGGAUCGUUCCAUGUAUUACGUCUGCGCCAACAUCGUGAAGCCUCUCACAGCACCAUAUGAUCUCUCCUUCGCGGAGCUUGUUGGCCCAACAAUGAUCGCAUGGUUCGUCAGUCACUACUGGGGAAUGCCUGUCCGCCACUUUGCAGAUGCAGUCUGCAAGCAUGCCCAGCUGUGCCAACAAGACUUGGAAGAAUCCUCGUAUUGGAUUUGCACUUUCAGUAACAACCAGAUGCGCGUUCAAGAGGAGCUCGGAGAAGGACAUUGGCAAAGCUCUUCGUUUUAUCUUGCGCUCAGUGGCCCCGAGUGUAAGGGUACAGCGAUGAUUAUUGACGAGCUUGUUUUGCCUCUCCAGCGGAUUUGGUGCCUGUUCGAAGUGUGUCAGACAAUCUGCCUGUCCAGGGAAGAUCACUUUCAAGGUUUGCUCCUUUGCGCUUCGACAGAUGUCUUGCAAGAAGGCCAGGCAGGCACUGACAUUUCGAUUGCUGUGGCGGAACAUGUUGAGCAGCUUGACAUUCGUGCCGCGCAAGCAACCUCCGAAGAGGAUCGGAUGAUGAUUCACGCUCUCAUCGAAGAUAUGCCGGGAGGUGCCGUGUCCGCCGGCUGGCCGCAGCAAGCCCCGACCGAAGGAAAGAGGAUGCACAUCGAUUCCAUUGGCGUCCUCUUGAUCCUGCUGUACGUUUGGGUCUCUGCUUCGGCAGGCGUCUACAACGAGUGGCUGUACAAGAACUUCAGCAAAGAUGAAAGCAUCCACACGUGCAACGUCCGGAUCUACAGCAUCGGUUGUGCUGUGAAUCUUUCUGCCCACCUCCUGCGAGAUCCAAGUGCAGCUGGUCUACAAAACCUGACCGCUGGCUACAACCGCUAUUGCUGGGGGCUUGUGGCAACCUACUCUUUGAUGGGCUUGCUGAUGGCCCAGGUGAUGAAAUACCUGGACAGCAUCGUGAAGCUCUACAUCUCCGGGUCCUCGAUGUAUGUCUCCGCCGUUCUCUCCUGGCUCAUCUUCGGAUACACUCCGACCCUGAACUUUGCGGUGGGGAUGCUCCUGGUCACUGUGGCUAUGGCCCUCUACAACCUGGAGUCGUUGAUGCCGAAGAAGGACAAGAAGCAAUGA